UCCCUCUCCCUUGUUGGGCACCAAUUUAUCCGUUUUUUGCGACUGUUCAUCAACUAUAAGAGGAAGUCCACUAACGAUCGGUGGAGCGGAGUCGUCCGUAGCUGCGUUGAAGGUCAACUAACACGAAUCAGCUAGAACAAGUCGGCAACCCGGUGACGUUUAAUUUGCCUGCUGUCACGCACCGCAAUUGGCGCUGGAUGUGAUCUACAUGACGGUAUAGAGGUUGCACUGUAUUUGCAAUGGGUUGUAUUGUGCGUAUCUUCAAACUGGGUUUCUUCUCAGCUCUGCUCGCAGGGUUUGUAGCCGUUGGUAUCGGUUAUUGGUACCAACAGUCAAUCAAACCCCUGAAUAUGCCUGAAACGGGCUACUGGGGGCCGGCUCUUAUUAAGAAAGGAACUACACCACCAGGGGAUGAUGAGGCAAUAUACAACUACAAAGUGUCGUUUGAUGAUAAGUUAGUAACUUCUCUCAAGCAGGAGCUCGCGCGAACGAAAUGGGUAGAACCCCUGGAAGAUGCCAGAUAUCAUUACGGCGUAAAUCCAAAUUCGUUCCGGAAGAUCAUCGAAUACUGGCAAAACCAAUAUGACUUUAAGAAGGCCGAGGCUGCAAUCAACUCCUACCCACACUAUCAGACCCAAAUUGAAGGUAUCAAGAUUCACUUCUUUCGCAGCGCUCCAACAAAGACAGAUAACAAAACAAAGAUUAUUCCACUUUUGUUAAUUCACGGUUGGCCAGGCUCCUUUGUUGAGUUCCUUAAAAUCGCGGGUCAACUUUCCAAGCCGGUUGACGAGAUCGCGUUCGAUGUUAUCGUGCCUUCUAUUCCUGGUUAUGGGUAUUCGGAGCCUUCCAGGAAGCAAGGCAUGAACGUGUUGACGACAGCGCGUAUCUUUAAAAAACUUAUGUCCCGCAUUGGCUACAGCAAAUACUACGCACAGGGCGGGGAUUGGGGAGCUGCGAUUGUAAAUGCUAUGGGAGUCCUCUACCCCGACAGCCUACGUGGACUCCACGUCAAUAUCGUAUUCCAGAACUAUCAGAACCCAUGGACGUUACUGAAACUGAUUGCAUUUACGUGGUUCCCAAACAUUGUCGGAGAUGGCGAAUUGCCAUUCUGCAUGCCUAUACCUUUUAGCCGAUUCUUUUUCCGACUUAUACGCGAAUCAGGCUACUUCCACAUCCAGUCUACAAAGCCCGAUACCAUCGGCUUUGCACUCCUGAACUCGCCAGCUGGAUUAGCUGCGUACAUUCUGGAGAAGUUUUCAACGUGGACCAGUGAUAAAUUCCGCCUUUUAGAAGAUGGAGGAUUAACCAACAAGUUCACCAUCGACGAGCUUCUUACUAAUGUGAUGGUUUAUUACUCGUCUGGAUCAAUCGUAUCCUCACAACGAUACUACAAGGAAAACGUUUCCUCUCAUUUAACGAGGCAGCUAUUCAAGCAGUCUGUGAGAAUUCCUGCUGGGUAUAGUGUGUUCCCGCAUGAUCUAGUAUGCGCCCCACGGGCUCUUGUAAUGGACACGUAUACGAAUCUAACAAUGGUUAAUUAUCACAAGGACGGCGGACAUUUUGCUGCUUACGAAUUACCCAAUGCUCUUGAGGCUGACAUCCGGAAGUUUGUUCAAGGAGUUGAAGAAACCUACCCAGAAGAGAUUCACGCUAGCAAAGGAUUUAGGGCCAUUUAACUAGAUUAAGGAUAAUGAGCAGAAAUAACAGCGUGGCCAACAAGCUCUAUGUAAUUCCUAAUAAAAACAGGGUACCAAAAGUACA